AAUGUAGAGCUAUCACCGGAAUUUUCUGUUAUAUCGACUGCCAAGGUGAAAAUCUCUGUGUGUACAUUACAUUUCCCGAAUGUUGACAUGAGCUUAUGUGUACAAUCUUUACCUGUGAAAAGGAAAUCGAAACUUUUAAGAUUUCGCCUCUGAAAUUAAACAUACACCAGCCGGUGUUUAAUGGAGUGUGUGUGGUAGAGUUUACAAAACUGUGAUCUUAGAGGGUCUCCCCCUGAUACGGACCUUAUACAAGCCAGACUGAGGUCGCGGGGGUAUUAAGUCUAGAUAUCUAACAUGGAGGGGUUUAACUUCAGUAUUACGUAAGGUCUGUGUGAAUUUUAUGUAGAGAUCUAUAUAUGUACAAUCUGUUUGCCUCUGUGGAUCGAUAGCUCUAGACUCUGACGAAGAGAUCACUUCAGUCGUAGGAGUUCCUCAUGCCAAGGAUGUUUAUGAAUGUUUUUGAUACUGUGUUUCAGAUUUUUCUCAAUUAAGAAGUGGAUAUGACGUGAAGAGAAUUUGUCCUUGUGAGUGACGUUACGUGGACAUGCCUCCCGUCAGGCUCUAUGACGUCAGCGUGGGGGGUCAGCGCGUGAAGGACCUGGGGUUACAAUCUGAGUAUGACAGGACAGUUGAAGUGUCCAGUGCCCCCGAUACAUUUGCUUGUGGACACAUCCUGUGUCAUAAAUGUAUCCGAAACCACUUGGUCCCUCGGCGGGGUUCCAUCUGGGAAUGUCCGGUCUGUAAUAAGGAGUCGGAUUCGUUCAACUUAACGGAAUCCACCGGCGGUGGAACAGAAGACGACGAUUCACAGCAUAUAAAACUGAUGUCCAGUUAUGACCAAAUGGUGGAAAAGUUCAAUGGGGUUGACUAUUCAUUGAGGAGGCUAAAAGAUGAGAAAGUGGAGGCCAAAUCUGUAGGUCUGUCUUACACCACCUGUCCCUGUAGUAUGUGCGGGGAGAACCACGGAACCCUCUCCGUGACGCAGGAGUACAACCAACUCCGCGUCCAACACAUGCGUCCAAGCUCAAUUGAUCAUUACUUCUACCGGCUCUCCACCGGAAGUAUCGUAACGUCAUUUUACAGUGUCGUAAAUUCCUCUUGUGUCUGUGUCCCGUGCACUUACAAAGAAAUUCACCAGCGUCCUCAAGAUUUCCCCGCCAUCACUAAUAAUAACCUCAAAGGCUCGCCGGAAAACGCCUUGGCAGAGGUGGGAAAGGUGGUCACCAGUAACAAUGCCCCUAUAGAAUCUCUACAGGGCAAAAGUGUCAUUGAGAUUGACCAUAAUAUCAGCGUGAAGGAGCGGGCAGACUUGUUUACUUUUAGCUCUACAGCCGCCAUGAUAAAGAGGCUGGUGCGGAGGGAGGAGCAGAAUUUGGAUCUUAUAAAGAAAAGUCCUAAAAUAUUCAAAGAUGCAGUCAUACAUGGAAUGCUGGAGUUUGAGUGGGAUCUUUUCAUUGAUGCAAAGAAAAAAGAAUUACGCGGUGAGACAUGGACAUUUGAGGAGAAGGCAAUCUGCUUCAGUAAUGGUGUCCUCAUAGGAGGAGGAGGACCAGAUGAUUUUGUUAUCUGGGCCGAGGACAACUUUAAUUUUGAAGAGUUCCGUCCCUUACCGCUAUACGAAACUCUAAUGGAGGAGGCCUAUCUCACACAUCUCAGCUCUAAAAACCAUGAUUAUGUUUACCUAGACAUUUCUAUCGGAGGAGAACCAGCGGGCAGGCUUGUUAUUGAGUUAUUCUCAGACAUUGUUCCUCGGACGUGUGAGAAUUUUAAGGCGCUGUGUACAGGAGAAAAAGGAAAAUCUGAGUCGGAUUACACACUACAUUAUCUCAACACAUUUUUCCACAGAAUUGUCAGAAAGGGGUGGAUCCAAGGGGGCGACAUUUAUCACGGAAGAGGGAACGGCGGGGAGUCUAUAUUUGGAUACGUGUUUGAAGAUGAGAACUUCGCAGUGCCCCACUCUAGGCGUGGUAUGGUAGGGAUGGCCAACAAAGGGCGCCACACGAACGGCUCUCAAUUCUACAUCACAUUAGAACCCACUCAAUGGAUGGAUACUAAAUAUGUAGCUUUUGGGCAAGUAAUUGAAGGCACACAGACUCUUAAGAAAAUGGAAGAACAGGAGACGAUGAAUGAGCGGCCAAGGAAAGACAUCAAGAUCACAGACUGCGGUGUCCUCAAGUUCCAGUUCUGAGGAGGGACAUCUGAGGAGGAAUCUCCUCAAUAAGAAUUAACAGGGGGUGCCACUGUUGUUAAUAUCUGACAUUAAUGCAUUAAGACAUUUCGGGGCAAAAACCCCGGGUCUCUAUUCUUCUGUGAUACCGUUUUCGUUAAAUGCAUCAUCUUUGUAUUAUAUCAUUAUACAAUUUUUUUCAAGAUUAAAUCAUGAUAAAGAAAA